GAUGAUAAUGAUAACAAAAACCCAAAAGCAAAAUUAAUUUGCUGGCAUUUGCCAACACAAACAAACAACCUGCAACGCUCAGAUUUUUGAGGCACAAGAAAAUAUAAAGUUAAUUAACACUUGACUAAGCUGCUUUCUCUCGUUUGAUUUGGGGCCUCUACCUCAAUUGUACCAGCUAUUUCACUCUCGGUCUCUCUUUGUUUGUGCAUUUUUCUUUCUUCUUGUUAGCUUUUAUACUCUUAACCCUUGCACUGUUUUCAUCUUCUACUGAUGAUGGCCUAGCUGUACCUGCAAGUGACGUUGCAUUCUAAUCUUUCUAUUGUACCUUUUUGGCUUUUUAGGGGAGGAAGAGAGAGAUUUUGAGACCUAGGAAAAGGUUUUUCUAUGGGGGUUUUGGAUCUCUUCAUUGCUGCACUAAUGCCUGUUUUGAAAGUACUGUUGAUUACUGCUGUCGGCUCAUUUCUAGCAAUUGAUCGUCUAGAUAUUCUAGGAGUCGAUGCAAGAAAGCAUUUGAAUAAUGUUGUGUUUUUUGUCUUCAAUCCGGCACUUGUUGGUAGCAAUCUGGCAAAAUAUAUUUCGCUUAAUAGCAUGGGCAUAUUGUGGUUCAUGCCAUUCAAUAUUCUUUUCACAUUUAUCAUUGGCUCUGUGCUUGGAUGGUUACUUAUUAGAAGUACCAGAGCUCCUCACGAUCUGAGGGGGCUUGUGUUAGGAUGCUGUUCUGCAGGAAAUCUGGGGAACAUGCCUCUGAUAAUCAUUCCAGCUGUGUGUAAAGAAAGAGGCGGUCCAUUUGGUGAUGUUGAUGUCUGUUAUACACAUGGAUUGGCAUAUGCUUCACUCUCUAUGGCAAUUGGAGCUCUCUACAUGUGGUCUUAUGUGUAUAACAUCAUGCGUAUAUACUCAAGCAAGGACUGUGAAGUGCCCAAACUGGAUGCCUUCGCUAAGGUUGCAAAGUCUCUUAGAGAAACACCUGAAAAUCUUUCAAAAUGUUUCACAGGGCCCCUGCUUCCUUUGCAAGAUCACUCACCUAAUGAGGACAAUAUGGAUCACUUUGAACUUGAUUGCAAAAUGUCUGAGCAGAAGGCAGAGGGAUCAUUUCUAGAAAAGAUUAAGCAGGGUUUACAAGUGUUUACAAAAAUCAACUUCAGCAGAUUGUUUGCACCUUCAACAUCUGGAGCGAUGGUUGGAUUUGUUGUUGGUGUCAUCCCUCAGUUCCGAAAGGCUCUAAUUGGUGAUAAUGCACCUCUUCAUGUGGUUCAGGAUUCUGCAUCUUUGCUUGGAGAGGCUGCCAUUCCAACUGUCACCUUGGUGGUGGGGGCAAAUCUUCUUAAAGGUCUAAAAGGCUCAGAGGUCCAGCGCUCAGUCAUUAUUGGGAUCAUAGUGGUUCGCUAUAUUGUAUUACCAAUAUUUGGAGUAGUAAUUGUUAAAUCUGCAGUCCACUUGGGGUUGGUGCAGUCAGAUCCACUGUAUCAAUUUGUUCUCAUGCUUCAAUUUGCACUUCCUCCAGCAAUGAACAUAGGUACAAUGACCCAGUUGUUUGGAGCUGGAGAGAGUGAAUGCUCAGUGAUACUGCUAUGGACUUACGCAGUGGCCUCAAUUUCACUAACGCUCUGGUCAACAUUGUUCAUGUGGCUUGUGGCAUAGGACAUAAACUAACAAUCUGGAGCUGCAUAUUCCUGUCCUCAAGUUGUUAGAUGCCAAUUGCAGCUUUUAGUUAGGGAUAUGAAAUUUCCAUGUGUUCCAUCUUCUAGAAUAUAAUAUAAAUAUAAAUGUCUUCCUUUUGCCAAA